AAACAAAGUAUAAAGUAAUGGUUUUAAGAAUGCUUAACAGCAUAAAAAAGGACAUAGAGAGAGGAGCGUCAUUGCAGCAAAGUGUGUGCCUCAGUCAGAAAACAUCUAAAUAUGGUGCCUUCUGGAAGAAAACAUAUGGUGGAAUCUGGGAAGAUAUCAAUGGAAGAUCAGGCUGUAAGAGCCUAUAACUUUGAGAAAGAAGAUAAAAAAGAUCUGAGUGGUUCAGAGGAGGAUGCUACUAACACAAAGAUUCCACCAAUUGAUAAGCUUGGGGAGAAGAGGAUUUCUGCAGCAGUCACUGAAGAUAUGGGGGGUGAAAUACAAAACAUGCUAGAAAAAUUUGGAGCUAACAUAGACAACUUUCUUCUUGCAAAGAAAAAAAGACUAGCAAUGUAUAUCAAGCCUUCUUUCAAAUCUAGUAACCAAAAAAUUGAUCAUAUUUGGAAAACCCAACAAGAUCAAAGGCAGAAGCUUAAUCAGGAAUAUUCUCAGCAGUUUCUGACUUUGUCUCAGCAGUGGGAGAAAGCUGUGUAGAAAGCUGAGGAGCAAGAAGAAAAACUAGCUAAUUUGUUUUGACAGCAACAAAAGAUUUUUCAACAAUCUAGAGCUGUUCAGAGCCAGAGACUGAAAACCAUUAAACAGUUAUAUGAGCAGUUCAUAAAGAGUGUGGAGGACUUGCAGAAGAAUCAUGAUACUCUACUUACUGGUGCACAAAAUGAACUUAAAAAAGAAAUGGCUAUGUUGCAAAAACAAAUUAUGAUAGAUACUAUAAGUAAUGAUACUAAAACUAAAAAACAGCAGCAGGAGAUGGCAAAUGUUCAAAAGUCUCUUCAAUCCAUGUUAUUCUGAUGACUCUUUGAAGGAAGAACUUGAACCUAAGUAAUAUGAUACAAUUAUAACAUUAGCUAAGAGGCAUGUAAGUAAUUAGAGUGGCUUAAAAAUUCUAGUUUAAAAUAUUACAUUGUGUUAAUUAUUAUCUUAAGUCCAAGUCUCCUCUUCUUCUUAACCUCCAAAUAAAAUUUAAACAGUUAUGUGAGUAGCAGCAAUUCCUAAAUUGUAUGUACCAAGCUUUCUGUCUUUUAAUAGUAAUAGUGAAUUUUUCUAAUACUUGUCAACUAACUUAGCAAUAAUGAUUUAAUUUCAAAAACCAAAAAAAGGCACAGAAACCACUAAAACAGUCAGUCGAAAA